AUGAACUCGGCGUGGAAGGUUGUUCUAUUUGUGAUCAGUGCGUGCCUUCGUGGAGGAUCGUCCUUCCCCCAUACUCAAACAGUGAUAACUCAAGUUCCGCCACCUAAAGUGAUUUCGGUGAACAAAACAUCGAUCUCGUUGAUUGAUGGCGAUUUGAAACGUAUUGCCACCAUCGGGAUUUUAUUCGGAGCCGUUCAGGGCGAGGCCGAAAUGGAGAAGAAACUCAAACGGCAGCUGAUGGAUCUAAGCAGAACCUACAAUGUGACCAAGUUUGAGGUGAAAUCGCGCAAAGUGGCCGCCAUGGAACGCACGAUGGAACGGGAUAGGAUGGCCAUCGGAAUUUUGAACGGGGCGUUAAAUUUGGCAACCAAAUCGAUGACCUAUGAGCAGUACAAACGUGAAAUGAGUAAACUUUCGGAGCGCGAAAAACAAUCACUCGGAACUCGACUACCGGUACUGAAAACAAAUCCCGUCGCCAUGAACACCAACCAGACCGACUACGACCUGAAGUAUAUCAAGCGGAAAGUGAACCGGCACAUUAAUGACAUGCGUAAAAGUCUUGCAAAUAAAAUCAAAGAAACUGUUCAAUACUUGGAAAGGAACGAUGGUAUGGCGAGCAUAGAUCAGGUGGAUGCUGUGGCACUGAAGAAAAUUGCUGGAAACCGACUGCCGGACUAUAGUUUCUACGAAAGUGUAUUCCAGCAGGAUUUGGAGAAUCACAUAGAAGCCCUAUUCCGUCGUCGACAGGACGAUGACGAAGAUAACGGAAACGUAUACUCGAAGGAUAGUAAAGAAAAUGCGAACCAGAACGAUAUUACAGUCACCUUGGGAGAUGAUGAAGACGAAUCGGAAUCGGAAGACGAAGCACCACCGGGAGGUCUGGUAGGAUUGAUCGCUAGUUUGAGUGGUGGUGAUGAAGGUUCGGAUGUUGGUGCGCUAGUUGGAGCAUUGUCAGCCGCCAUCACCAAUUUGUUUGGACCCGAUGGAUUAGAUGUGCCUGGACUGCUUGGCACAGGAACUGGACUUAUCGCAGGUCUACUAGGGGGUGAUGAAAACUUUGGCAAGGUGCUUGGAGGCUACGUAGGUAUUGCCGUCGAAGGUCUUUCGGGCGGAGGAGCUGAUAACAAUGGUGCAUUUUUUGGAAACUUGUUAGGUGCGAUGAUUUCGGCAUUUAGCUCAGACCCGGACGAUGAAGAUUUACCGUUGAGACCGGAGUUGUUUAUCAAAAACUUUUUCUCCGGACUCCAGGACGCGAAGCGAAAGGGUGAUCCUCCAGCGGAUGGGUGCGGCGAUAGCUGCAAGGGCUCCGACCUGUUCGGUUUCAUCGGGAACAUCGUGUCAUCGAUCGUCGGCGGUGUGACCAGCUUGGUGCUGAAUGCAUCCCUCGGCUCGUCAGGUGGUUCAUCGCAGGGCUCGGUCGAUGCUUCCGGGGCGUCAUCGGCGGGCAGCAGCGCUGACGAUGGGUGCAAGCAUCCCUGUCAAACGACUCCCCAUUAG